GGAGCUGUGUGCGCGGCCUGGACAGGUCAUCGCGCCAGGGGGUGUCCUGGUGAGGCUGGAGGGCUGCAGCCACCCCGUGGUGAUGAAAGGCCUCUGUGCAGAGUGUGGCCAGGACCUGACCCAGAUCCAGAGCAAGAACGGGAAGCAGAAUCUGCCUCUGUCCACAGCAACUGUGUCCAUGGUGCACAGUGUGCCAGAACUGAAGGUCAGCUCUGAGCAAGCAGAGCAGCUGGGCAGGGAGGAUCAGCAGCGCCUGCACCGCAGCCGCAAGCUGGUGCUGAUGGUGGACCUGGACCAGACCCUGAUCCACACCACGGAGCAGCACUGUCAGCAGAUGUCCAACAAGGGCAUCUUCCACUUCCAGCUGGGCCGGGGGGAGCCGAUGCUGCACACCAGGCUGCGGCCUCACUGCAAGGAGUUCCUGGAGAAGAUUGCCAAGCUGUAUGAGCUGCAUGUCUUCACCUUUGGCAGCAGGCUCUAUGCACACACCAUUGCAGGCUUUCUGGACCCUGAGAAGAAGCUUUUCUCCCACCGGAUCCUGUCGAGGGAUGAGUGCAUCGACCCCUUCUCCAAGACAGGGAACCUCAGGGAUCUGUUCCCCUGCGGGGACUCCAUGGUUUGCAUCAUUGACGACCGGGAGGACGUCUGGAAGUUCGCCCCCAACCUGAUCACUGUCAAGAAGUAUGUCUACUUCCAGGGCAUUGGGGACAUCAACGCCCCCCCUGCCUCCAGGGACCCCCAGCUGAAGAGGAGAGCAAACCACUCCCCGAGAGCAGAGGCCCUGGAGCCAGUGGUGGCAGCAGCAAGGGAUGGGGAGGAGGUUCGGAGCAUGGUGUGUGUGGGGGAGCACAGCAACGGCCUGAGGAAGGCCCCCAAGGACUCCUGCAGGGCCAAUGGCAGCAGCUCUGGGAGUCAGGAGAGCCCUGGCUGGGAGAUGGACUCUGGAGAGCCCCUGGGUGCUCAGCACCCCUCGUGUGGAGGCAGCCAGCACAGGACGCACAGCAAGGCUCUGGAGGAGCCGAGUAGCACAGGAGGCUCUCAGGUGGCCUUGGAGCAGGUGGAUGGAGCAGCAGCAGAGCAGCAGCAGAGCCAGACCAAGGCAGGAAGUGACUUGGACUUUGAGCUGUCCAGUGACAGUGAGAGCGAGGCUGGCAUGGACACCAGGGGGGCACCCCCUGGUAUGGACACCAGGGGGGCACCCCCUGCCCUGCCUGAGAACGAGGGCAGGAGGAGCUGGAAGAAAGCCAAACAGCUCCUGCAGAAGGGGGAUCGGGGGCAGCAGGGGAUCGGGGAACAGCAGGGGAUCGGGGGGCAGCAGGGGUGCCUGGGGAACCACAAAGGGGAGGCUGAGGCCCUGGGCGGCAGCCAGGGGGCGGCGGAGCUGGAGGCGCAGGAGGAGAGCGAGCAGGAGGAGGGCCUGGGCGAGCUGGGCAACGGCUGUGCAGACAAGAAGGAGGCCGAGACUGAGUCCCAGAACAGCGAGCAGUCGGGGAUCACCAUGGGCGAGUCCCUGGACCAGAGCGUGGGCGAGGAGGAGGAGGAGGAGGACACGGACGACGACGACCACCUAAUCCACCUGGAGGAGAUCCUGGCGCGGGUGCACUCCGACUACUAUCGGCGCUACGACCGCUUCCUGCGGCGGGAGAGCCCCGAGCCGCCCGACAUCCGCAAGAUCGUGCCCGAGUUGAAGAGCAAGGUGCUGGCCGACGUCACCAUCCUCUUCUCCGGCCUCUACCCCACCGGCGUGCCUAUGGAGCGCACCCGCGAGCACUACCACGCCACGGCCCUGGGCGCCAGGAUCGUCAAGAACCUGGUUCUAAGCGCCGGCGCCCCUGACAAGGCUACGCACCUGAUCGCUGCCAGGACAGGCACAGAGAAGGUGAGGCAAGCCCAGCACUGCAAGGACCUGCACGUGGUGAACCCUGACUGGCUGUGGAGCUGCCUGGAGCGCUGGGACAGGGUGGAGGAGCAGCUCUUCCCCCUGAAAGAUGACUACAUCAAAACACACAGGGAGAGCAGCCCUGCCACCUUCCCUGAGGCUCCCAGCUCCUGCCAGACAGCUCUCUUCCACCCCACCCCCAUCCACCCCAGGUGCCAGCCUGGCCCUGAGGUUCGGCUCUACGACCCCACCACGGGCAAGCUGAUCAGGAAGGGCGCCCAGUGCCCAGGCCAGGCCCUGUUCCCACAGGCUCCAGCUGCUGCCAUCACCCUGCCAGGCCAUGGAGAGCACUCCUCCUUCAGGGUGGUGCAGCCCCAGCAGCAGCUGUUUGCAGAGGAGCUGGCAGCGGGGCAGGCCAGGGAGCAGGCAGUGCCCUGCAGGCGCAAGCGGCAGCCAAGCAUGUCCGAGACGAUGCCACUCUACACCCUCUGCAAGGAGGACCUGGAGAGCAUGGACAGGGAGGUGGAUGACAUCCUGGGAGAGGGCAGCGAUGAGAGUGACAGUGAAAAAAAAAAGCCAGAAGAGGAAGGGGAGAAGCCAGAGCCUGGUGCAGCAGCGCCCCUGGGGGUGAAAGCAGAGCAGAGGUCUGGAUCAUCAUCAUCCUCCUCCUCAGCAGCAGGCAGUGAAAGGAGCUCAGCAGGCAGCGUGCUCAGGGGUCACAAGCGCAAGCUGGAGGAGGAGGAGGAGGAGGAUGAAGGUGGCAGUGACUCCAGCAAGGACUCCAGCAACGAGGAUGAGGAGGGCAGCAGCUCCGAGGCAGACGAGAUGGCAGCAGCCCUGGAGGCAGAGCUGAACGACUUCAUGUGAGGGAGGAGCUGCAGCUGGGGCUGGAGCUGGAGCCAGAGCUUCCCCACCCCUGCUGCUGCCCAGCUGGGAGCUGAGCUGCCCCCGAGGGCUCUGCAGGAACUGUGCACAGCUUGCAGCUUGCAGCAGCAGCAGCUUAGGGGCAGUGUUUUUACAGAGCUCUCUUGAGGGUUUUGCUAAAGCAGGUUCUACUUUUGUAACCCGCUGGGGGCUGAGCUGGGCUGGCGCUGUGCUGUGCCAAAGGCUGCAGGGCGGCAGUGACCCCAGGGCAGUGACUGAACACCCCUGGGCCAUGGGUUGUCAGGCAGAGGAGGUGGCAUGGCCUGGGUGGCACAGCAGGGACCUGCUGAACUGGGUGCCCUGUGCCACCCAGACAACCUCCUGGGUCUGAAGGCUUAGCCAAGGGUUGGGGCUGUGUGCAGCAGGGCCUCAGCUGCCAGCUCUGGGCCUCCACACCUGGCUCCCUGCCCCAGAUCUGCUGCCAGGAGAUCCCUUCCCAUGCUGCCAGCUGCUGCCAGAGGUGUGGCACAGUCCCUGGUGACCUGCAGUGCCCUGGGAGCAGCCCUCAACCCCUGGCCAGGAGCCUGCUGUAAAGUUUUGUACAUUCUGUUUCCUACCUGACCCACA